AUGAAUCACAACGAAGCGUACGUUGUUGAUGUAGAUCACACUGGUGAAGAUACUGACAUUACACCAAAAGUAACAAUUAUCGAUCAAAACACCGGCGUCGACUUGGCCACUUCGCAAUGGAGCGAAGGCUUGCACCAAUGCAUUCAGAUCAAACAUGCCUGUCGCGUCAGCCCAAUCAGUCUCAAAGCCGUCUUUGUGUCCAAUGUAUUUUACCUUAAAGAAUACAGCAGAAUCAAUGGUCUCAGUGGAACUCUCGGAUCAAUUGAAGAAAGCAAAACUUUGGUCGAACUCUACAACACCGAUUUGAUCCGAUUGCCGACGUUUCGAGCAAAAAAGCUUUAUGAACACGUUCCAGUAAUUACACAAAAAGUUGAAGAUUGGAUUGAUUCUAUUUAUGCAGAAAUCGUAGACCAGGUGACUGCAAAGCGAUCUGUGCUGGUUAUUUGCCGAUCAAUUGCUGAUGUGAUGCAAGUCAAGAAUGGAUUGAAGGAACGUCAUUUGAAUGAUGAAAAUGCAUCAAAUGCCGUAAACAGUUGCUAUGAGAACAUGGUAGUUUAUCAACGGGAAUUUGAUGAAUUCGAUUUCAGUGGAGAGAACAAACUAAAACCAGGUAGAUUGAUUUUGGCUACAAAUUUGGCAGGACGAGGAACAGACAUCAAGUUGAGCGAUGAACUCAAACUUGUUGGCGGUUUGCAUGUUAUCGUGUCCUUUUUGCCCGAGAAUUCGCGAAUCGAAGAUCAAGCAUAUGGUCGAGCUGCACGAUGCGGAGAUCCGGGUUCUGGCCAGAUCAUAGCCAUCACGGACAAAGUCGAUGCUACGGGAAAGCCGCCAUCAGUAUUCGAACUGAAAGUGUUCCGAGACAACGCUGAAGUACAACGGCUCCAAUCCAUGACUGAUUACUACAAUUACCACACCAAAAUUGAAGAAAGCUGUCUUGCCGCAUUCAAACAACAUUGCUUGAAAGCGCUGCGAAAAACGAGUGAGAAAAAAAGUGGCACCGAUGUGCCGACGAAAGAAGAGAUCAUUUACUUUGCUUUGUUGGAUGAAUGGGCGUUGUGGCUGGAUUCUCAAGCAACUGCGAUCAAGGAAUGUGCUCAAGAACGUAGUGCAGCAAAACGCGGCGAAAUUGUUGCUUCUGUUGAAGCUUUCUUGAAAAAACAUCCAAUCGAACCUGUUGAAACUGCGUUGAAAUGGGUAAAUGCACCGCAACCUCUAAUUGCUCUGGGACUGGUCUACAUUGAUCAACAAGAAUAUUCUCGAGCCAACAUAAUUCUCGAUUCGGUAAUCACAAAAUGCCCAGAAUUUGCUGGUGAAGCAUACUACUACAAAGGCAUCAUUGAACAACAAUCAGUCCGCAAAGUCAAGGAAAUUCCGAAAGACAUUAAGCAAUCAAUUACCAACAAAACGCCUCAAGUUGUGAUUAAUGCAUUGUCUGGGAAUUUUGCUAACACAACAUCCGAAGCAUAUGAAACGACGAAAAAA